AUGCCUGGGUCCAGCCCAGCAUCGCCAGGAACAUGGAUUGACCCUAAGAAGACCCUUAACAAGGCUGAUGCGUUCACGGAAUCCGAGAAUGAGAAUUCCAAGGAAUCGGAACCAUUUUGGACAGAGGAGAUGGAAAAAGAAUGGUUUAAAUGGAAGAAGGGGGCAGGUGCUGAGGAGCAUGUUGACUAUGACGAAACAUGGUAUGAGGGGGACUGGGUGCAGGACUGGAGCCAGCCAUCUGAGGCAUGGGACCGCUAUGCGACGCUAGACAGUGCUGUGUCCAAACACACUUUGAAGAACCAAUCCAAGGAGCCAAGUGAAACACCUUUGGAAAAGACAAUUCCUAAGAAAAAGCCAGGAAAGCGUAGUGAGCCUGCCGCUAAGGACACUGCCACAGCGGUCAGCAAGCAUGACACUGAACAGGACAAACACCCAAAAAAAAAGAAGGUUGAAGGUGAUGAUUGUGAGUGCACAACGCCUGAGGACACAAAGGGCCAGGUCAACUCCAUAGCCAAAUACUUGAGGGUCAUCAAGGGAGCUGGAUGGAAAGUCAAAGGUAAUCAGGACUUGACGGACGACAUCAAACGGGAAUUUAAAAAGGACUUUCCGACCACAGAAGAGUGCCGUUACAACAUCUACUGGAAACUGGCUUCAGUGGGUGUUCAUUUGAAAAGUGAAAAGAAGGAUUUGGUUACUUACUCAGUGCAUGCUGAUGCUGGGCCAUAUCUUCUUCGGCUUCACUCGUGUUUGAAGGCAGCAAGUUUGUUUGUGAACUACGUCGAAGCCAAAUCCCGCCAGCCACGUGACAAGGGGGCCCACUUGAGUGAGGACUCGGACAUUCUGACUCUGAAGGAUUCCCUGAAGUGUUCAGCUUCAAAAGCUUUGAAGCGUGUUUGCAAAUGA